AUGUCGUCCAAACGACCCAACAUCUUGUUCAUCAUGGCAGAUGACCAUGCAUCCAAGGCCAUCAGUGCCUACGGAGCAGGGAUCAAUCACACGCCGCACAUCGAUAGGUUGGCUACGGAGGGCAUGAAGUUCAACCACUGCUACGUUACAAACUCCAUCUGCACGCCGUCACGAGCUGCUAUCCUGACCGGCACCCACAAUCACGUCAAUGGCGUCAUGACUCUGGACAACAAGAUCAACAAGCACAUGCCCAAUGUAGCCAAACAUCUCCGGGCCGGGGGCUAUCGGACAGCUAUGGUUGGCAAGUGGCACCUGGGAGAAGGGUAUGACCACGAGCCGACGGGCUUCGACUAUUGGUCGGUGCUGCCCGGACAGGGAGACUACUGGGAUCCCGAGUUCAUCGAGAUGAACCGGGACAAGCCCGACGCACCCGGCGUCGAGGUCGAGGAGCAUGGAUACGUCACGGACAUUAUCACAGACAAGUCCCUGAACUGGCUCACCGAGACCAAGGACUCUGGCAAGCCGUUCUUCCUCAUGUGCCAUCACAAGGCACCCCAUCGGUCCUGGGAGUGCGACGAGAAGCACAAGAGCCUGUACGCGGACAAGCCCAUCAAGGUACCCGAGACGUAUAACGACGACUACAGGAACCGGGCUAAGGCGGCCCGUGUCGCCAAGAUGCGGGUGGCUGAGGAUCUCACCUACCAAGAUCUCGGCCUGGUCCAGCCCGACGGCGGCAACCGGGUCGGCACGCGCGUCAAGCAAGAGUCUGGCUCUGCCCAGCGAAAGGUGCCCACGGAUCCGAGUAUCAAGCUCAUCGACAAGGACGACGGCACAGUUUUCACAUUCAAAGAUGCGGCGGAGCUAUCGGCUUUCAAGUUCCAGCGCUACAUGCAGCGGUACCUCCGAGUGAUCCAGUCCGUCGACGACAACGUGGGUCGGAUUCUGGAGUACCUGGAUCAGAAUGGGCUGGCUGAGAACACGCUCGUUAUCUAUACCUCGGACCAAGGCUUCUUCCUGGGAGAACACGGCUGGUUUGAUAAGCGCUUCAUGUAUGAGGAGUCGUUCCAGAUGCCCUUCCUCGUCCGCUUCCCCGCCGAGAUCCAGCCCGCCAGUGUAUGCGACGACAUCAUCUGCAAUGUCGAUUUCGCACCGCUGUUUCUAGAUCUGGCCGGCCAGAAGGUGCCCAACUACAUGCAGGGUCUUUCCUUCCGAUCACUGCUCCAGGGCAAGACACCAGAGGACUGGCAGCAAGUUGCCUACCACCGCUAUUGGAUGCACAACGAUGUCAUCCAUCAGGCUUACGCGCACUACGGCGUCCGCGACCGCCGGUACAAGCUCAUCUACUGGUACAACGAGGCCCUCGGGGUCUUGGGCGCGCGGCCCGGAAAGGCCGAGAACACGGAGGAGGAAGAGGAGAAGGAGUGGGAGCUGUUUGACUGCGAGCAGGACCCCCUGGAGCUUUUCAACAUCUACAACGACCCGAAGCAUGCGGAGGUCGUGAAGCACAUGACGAAACUGCUCGAGAGCAAGAUGGAGGAGAUUGGCGACGACCCUGUCCACCUGCGUCUCACAGGCCGCAGCAAGGCGAUCCCCGAGGGUGUAAAGUACAGCGAGCAGAAUGGCACGCGGCCGGAGGCGGCCAUGACCAAUGGUAGCAACGGCACUCAUUAG